AGAAAAGUAUGGCCGAAGAACUGUGGAAUAGAGUAAACGUUCCCUUUCCAGGAGCUGUUUCUAGUGUUCGUAUUCAUUUUACAUCUAAAACAGAUGGACUUGUUAAAAACGUCGUGUUGGUAAACGAAACUGUGCUCAAACUUCUCGACAAUGAGAGUCUUCAAACGGAGAUACGGGUCCUUUACGAGCUGCUCUAUAUCUUGAACAACAGCUACAGGGGAAACAAGUCGUACAAAGGCUUACAACAGGUUGAACAAUGCGUGAACAGACUGAAGAACAUGAAGCUGGUGCAGGCUCUUCAUGAACUGUCUGAUCUGUGUCCAACCAAGGUUCAAAGAAAUGUAGGGAAAAAGUUUGGGGAGUGUACUGUCCCCAGUCAGCCCAUGUUGGAGUGGCUGUGCCUCAAAAUACUUGGAGGGGCUAAUCUCAUGAAUCGUACUCUACAGCGUUGCAGCAGAGCUUUUCUUCUGUGCAAUCAGCAGAUGAAAUGGGAGGAAUUUGUCGUGUUGAAUAUGGUGACUACGAGUAUGCUCAGCCGCCUAUGGGUAAUUUUCCGUGGUGUCUUGGUGAGCAUGUGCACCUUGUACGAGAAGAUGCUUUCCCUAUGCAAUGAGGUGGCCAAAGCAAAACCUAUGCCAUUCCUCAAAAGCCCCUUACCCCCAAAUAUGACUGGGUUAUUGGACCCUGGCUUAUUACAUAAUAAAACAUGUAAAGUUGAUGUUGGAAAGCAUCAGAUUGGACUGCAAAAGGGUGAUUUAUUGUCUAGACCUAAUCUAUCUGUCAAAAUAGUUAAAGAAGACCUGGGUGUUUCUAUUAAAAGAGAUAUCAAUGAUAACACUGACUUGAAGCCUUUUGUCAAUAUCUUCAAGACAUUCACCAAGAAAUCUCACUUAGAUCGCAAACCUAAAAAUAAUGGUAUUGCUGCAAAGAUGAGAAUACUGAGGAGUAAUGUUAAAAAGUCUUCAUCAUUUGGCGACUUUGACGUUCAUCUUGAAAAAAUGGUCCAAUGGUGUAAAUUAAAGCAGAUGGGAAAGAAAAGACGUCUAUUUAACUAUUUGCGAUUGAAGUGCCAGAAGUUAAAAUGUUUGGAGUCAGAUGGACACAAUGUUCAAAGGAAGCUGAAUAACUUCAGACAAGAAGUUUUCAAGGCUUGCUCAAAAAGCUCUGUAACAAGAAGGACAUCUGGAUCAUUGGCUGAAUUUAAAACCAAAAGGCAAUGGACCAAUUUCCACUCUUUAAGAACCAAAUUGAAAUCUAAGAAUGUCAGAACUGGUAGCACAAGAAAACGGGAAGCUAAAUGGAAGACGUCUCGAAAGUCAAAGUCAUCGAGGCAUAAUAAAGACGCAGACAGAAGGACAGAAGAUGAGGCGAUUUCUCAAGGCAGCCACUGUGACAGGAGAGAUGACAUCGAUGAUAUAUUCGCUUCUAUUGGUCUGUGACACCCUACAGUCUGGCUCCAGGACAUUUGGAGCCCAGUACAAAGUAGCUUUUUUUUUUUUUUUUUGCUUUUUAACAGACAGAUAUUGAAAUGAAUUGAUUAUUAAGACACUAUUUAUUGUAUUAGUGUGACAAAUUGGUGCACCCUUUGAUACUAACUUGAGUAAAAUUUUAAAACUUAUAAUUGUU